GUCGGUAACCCGUUCACCAUGAGCCCUCCGCUCCGCGCGCUCAGCUGCCUCUGUCUCGCGCUCGCCCUGCUGAUGUUGCACGCGGCGGCGGAGUACUCCUCCAGAAGCGACCUGGACUACGAGUUCGGGGACUACCGGGGCCGGUGGUGCAUCGACGACCACGGGUUUGUUUACGGGAUCGGAGAGGUGUAUUACCCGAGCUCCACGGCGUGUCCCUGCACGUGCACCGUGGACGGUCCCGUGUGCGUCCGACCCAAGUGUCCGCGCAUCCACCCCCGGUGCACGCGGAUGAUUUAUAGGGCGUGCUGUCCGGUGUGCGAGGCUAUGGCCAGGGUCUGUGUCUACGGAGGCAAAACGUACCGGCUCCUAGAGGAGUUCAGGUUGUCGAGGUGUGAGCGAUGUCGUUGCCAGGCCAACAGAGAGGUGUACUGCAGCAUUUCGGAAUGCCCCGCCCCUCACUGCGUCAACCCCACCUACGAACCCAACCACUGCUGCCCCAUCUGUAAGACUGGUCCUAACUGCUUCGCAGGGGACAGGGUGGUCCCAGCGGGGGAGCGCGUGAACAUCGACCAGCGGACGGUGUGUUACUGCACCUACCGGGACGGGAUAUGGCACACACACCCCCAGGCCACCUGUGAGCAGCGCCCCCAGCCCAGCCCAACACCCAGCGCCCCAACUGAGCCCCCCAGAGACGAGGAGCCCGGGGGGAGGAGGUUUAUUCCCAGACUAGGUCUGAUUCCAUGAAGUGGAGUGUUAACAUUAUUAUCUAUUACUUACAUCAGGACAUACAUCCUCACUCAAUCUGUACAUUAAUACUACCAACACAAUUAUUUAAGAACUGGAAGAACUGUGGGAUAACUGCAGGGAGGUUGGUGUUAAGGAUGAAGAAGGAACUUAUGAAAGGGGGGUGAAAAGUGGCAAGAAAAAAUAUGGUUGAAAAAAUGUUGCAUGCAUUUUCAAAUGGACCAUUAGACAUUGUUUGCUAAGCCCAAACCCCCUUAGUAACUGUAGCUAUAUCUGAGUACAUUUAGAUAAAAAGAACCUCUGAUUUUAGACAGACUUAAACAAAAGAAAGCCUCUCAUUUCCAGCCGAUGAGAAAAUCAAUUUAGCCAGCAGUGAAUGAAAAACUGUCCUGGCCGAUUUGAGCAGCUUUAGCUAGCUAGCUAACCAUAUUAUUAACUUUAACAACUCUUUAAUGUUUCCAGCUGUCCAGCAUUUUUUUUACUGAGAACCAGGGUCCUGAAAAUGUAAUGGAUAGAUCAUAUUGUGCUAAAAUACUAGAGGUAACAAGACUGUCAAAUCUGACCAAAUAUAAUAAAGAUCAGGAAAGCUGUUGAGCAGCUGUUAGCCUACACUUUGAU